GCUUCUUCAUACGAACGAGAGUGUAGUUUGUUCACAUUAUAACAUCGAAUAGACUACCUGCACUUAAGAAAAAGUGAAAAUCAUUGCUUAUGACCUGGACGGUCAGACGGCCGUAAACUUUUUAAAGCCAGAUAUUUGACGAGUGCGCGCUCCCGCGUCAUUGGAUACAGAUCGAGGAGGAGGGGUGACGACUUUGGCACGAAACAGUCUAAUGAUUUAGUUCAGUCCAACAAAAAUCACCUCUGCAAUCCACUCCAGAUUUAUUAACCAUCUGUUCGCUCUGGGCGUCCGUUUCAGCCUUCACAAGUGAGCGGAAACCUCGUGGCUACGUUACCGUUACGUCGUGACGUACGUUAGCUGCUCGCGACAGAACGGGAGACGUCAAUUAGGGAAUUGGUGCAAUAAGCCGGAGUCGCUGGUCCUUAGUUUGUGUUGAAUCAUUUAUAGAAGUCAACUUUAUUUAUUUAAAUGUGUCCAGACGUUUAUGUACGGAUUUAAUUUAACUACCAAACAUGGUAGUUGACACCAAACCAGCCCGUGAAUGGACACAACUCGUAAAAGUGACCUACGGAGAAGAAUGCCUUUGUUGGUACAUUAGCUAGCUGAAGUUAGCUUCAGUAUGGGCGACUGAACGCUAGCAGAACCGCUGAAAUAUAAAUGUCCACCGAGUGAAUUCUGAGAGAAUAGUCUCUCCAGAGCGUGGGGCAUAGAGACUGGUUCGCCAGUGCCUUUGGCUGCCUCCAGACUGCGUCGACGUCGUUUACACGAUGAAGAACUGCGAGUACCAGCAGAUCGACCCGCUGGCGCUGUCGGUGUCGCCGCUGUCGGCUCAGAGCCACACCGAGAAGAAAGCGCAGCGUCCGCGGAGAAAAUGGGAGGUUUUCCCGGGAAAGAACAGGUUUUUCUGCGACGGACGGCUCGUCCUAGCCAGACAGAGCGGUGUCCUUCCUCUGACACUGGGCCUUAUUGUUGUCACUUGUGGCCUUUUCUUUGCAUUCGAUUGUCCAUUUCUAGUGGAGCACCUGACCGUCUUCAUACCUGUGAUAGGUGGGGUGCUUUGUGUGUUUGUGCUCACCUCCCUGCUGAGAACCAGCUUUACAGAUCCAGGCAUUCUACCCAGGGCCACCCCAGACGAAGCUGCAGACAUAGAAAGGCAGAUAGAUACCUCAGGAUCAUCAACAUAUCGCCCCCCUCCACGUACCAGGGAGAUCCUCAUCAACCAGCAGGUGGUAAAGCUCAAGUACUGCUUUACUUGUAAGAUGUUCCGCCCUCCUCGGACCUCCCACUGCAGUCUGUGUGACAACUGUGUCGAGCGAUUUGAUCACCACUGCCCAUGGGUGGGGAACUGUGUGGGAAGGCGCAAUUACCGCUUCUUCUACAGCUUCAUCAUCUCUCUGUCUUUCCUGACGUCUUUUAUAUUUGGCUGCGUCAUCACACACAUCACCCUGCGUUCUCAAGCGGGUAAAACCCUUGUUCAAGCCAUUCAGGAGAGCCCUGCAAGUGUGGUGGAGUUGGUGAUUUGUUUCUUCUCCAUUUGGUCUAUUCUGGGCCUCUCAGGCUUCCACACCUACUUAGUGGCCUCCAAUCUCACCACGAAUGAAGACAUUAAAGGGUCGUGGUCAAGUAAAAGAGGAGUGGAGGAGUCUGGGAACCCAUACAGUUACAACAACAUCAUAACCAACUGCUGCGUGACAUUAUGUGGCCCCAUGCCUCCGAGUCUGAUUGAUAGAAGAGGUUUCCUUCCUCCCGAUGAGGGGAUCCCCGCUGCUUCUGUCUCAGAGGUAGAACUGCCUCCCUUCACGGCCAAGAACGAUGUAAACAUGGAGGAGAACUGUCAGGAUUUUUCAUUGUCCUGCACAGCCUGAAGAGCACAGCUGCUUGUAGACAGUUGAUGUGCUCUCAAAGCACAAAGGAUGUGCUGGACAGGGUGGUCCACUCCUCCGACCUUCGCUGCUUGUGCCCUCCCGGGACCCCAAAGACCAUCCCACUGAACCAGGAGCUUGCCAGCGCCGCAGCGCCCGCCACGGCGCCGUCCCCCCCCGCCGGCUGCUCACGCCAGCCCCCGCCGGCUCCCUGUCCCCCGUUCAGCAGAAGCAACGAGAGCGACUCGCUGCACUCGGUCAAUCCGGCCUUCCGCCUGGCUUCUCCGUCGCCAUCGCUCAGCCGCUCCACCCUGACUCUGGCCCAGGGCCCCGACAUUGGCUUCAUCCCACUGCAGUGA